UCCAGGCCGUCUCGAAAACCCGGUUUUUUGAAAAGAGUCUCGUCAGAGUGGAACCUCUUGGUCCACCGCAUCAAAUCGAUCUCCAAGGACGUCUUCACCACCGACGAACUCGUGGAGGAGCUCUUUGUGGACUUGGACUCCGACGAAGCCUCCAUGGAAAGAAUAUUGAAAUCGUCCAACCGUGCCCUCAACCCCGCAGAAGAGUCAUUUCUACAAGAGUACAAGAAAUUCAAGAACCUCGAUAAAAUGGUCCAGCACCACCAGAACCACCAGAGCGCGGAAGUGAGGUCUUCCUCCACCGCAGUGUCCGAUACUAAGACCAGGUCGACUUUAUUGGAUAUCAUACGACAAACUACAAGCAACAGCGAAACUGUCCAUAGUGAAGAUGAGGAUCACGACAACGAGAUAUCAUACCACGACCUUGAUUUGUGCAAGUUAAGACAAGAGCUUGAGUUGCAUCAGAACUCGGAGUCUACCGAGGCAAGCACUUUGAAAAGCAGCAAUGAAAACCUCGGAACCACCCUUUGGGAGUACAGGAGACGCAAGUGGUUGCAGAACUCAGAUCCCGAGAAAGUGCAGCAAAAGUUGAGCCAGCUGUCCAUCGAGCACAUACCCAAGGAAUCCUACCACAAGAUCUAUAGUUUCCUCAUAGACAAGGGAAGGUCAUUGAAAAACGACAAGAAGAUAAACCUUCUUGACUUGAUCAAUAUCAUCAACGCAGGCUGGAUUGCCGAAGAAAAAUGGGACAGGGCCGCCAGGGGGUUGCCAUAA